UUCAAGCCCGCAGUCAAAGCAGGGCUGUGCACAAGCUCCAGGGGACGGAGCAAAUGCAUUUCCAGCAGGCAAACUUCUCUCUCUGGGUCUUUAAUCCUUUCGGUUAAUCAGACGUGCUGAGGGUGGGGGUGUGAGGAAGCGAAAUGAGAGCCCCUUUUGCAACCUGACCUUCUUGGAUUAAAGCCAGGGCUUUCCUUGCCUGCGCUGGGUUUGACUGCAUGCUGCGAAGGAGGAGUCCUUGCGUGUGUGUGUUGUUGGGCUAGGCUGUUGCUAAAUUGUGACCAAUAUUUUUUUUUCUUAAAUCUCUCUGAAGAUUUGGGUGCAGCUGAGAUUCCCCCACUCCCACCUUUUAGUAUUGUUUCCACAAGGGCAAGUUCCCAAGCUUCCUUUGCUGGUGCUGCAGCCCCUUUGGUUGUUGCAAAUGAAGGGAAUUCUUUUUGCAAAGGGAGAGAAGGAGGGUUUUUUAUCUUUGCAGCAAAGUGAAACAGGCACGCUUGCAAAGCUGCGAAACUGACUCACUGUGAUCAAAUAGAGCGGAGCAGACCGGGGGACUUAAAAAAAAAAAAAAAAAGAGAGAGCGAGAGAAAGGAUCCUGGGAUCUUUUAGAUCUUUCAAAAGAUGUCAUCUCAAACUAAGUUCAAGAAAGACAAAGAGAUCAUAGCAGAAUAUGAAACUCAAGUAAAAGAAAUCCGUACCCAGUUGGUGGAACAGUUCAAAUGUCUGGAACAACAAUCCGAAUCCCGGUUGCAGCUCCUGCAGGACCUCCAGGAGUUCUUCCGCAGAAAGGCUGAGAUAGAGCUGGAGUACUCCAGGAGUCUGGAGAAACUGGCAGAACGAUUUUCUUCUAAGAUCCGCAGCUCCAGAGAACAUCAUCAAUUCAAGAAGGAUCAGCACCUCCUUUCCCCCGUGAAUUGCUGGUAUCUAGUUUUGACCCAGACUCGGCGAGAGAGCAGAGACCAUGCUACCUUGAAUGACAUCUUCAUGAACAACGUCAUUGUCCGCCUCUCGCAGAUCAGCGAAGACGUCAUCAGGCUCUUUAAGAAGAGUAAAGAAAUUGGUCUACAGAUGCAUGAAGAACUCUUGAAGGUUACCAAUGAGCUAUACACAGUGAUGAAAACCUACCACAUGUACCACGCGGAAAGCAUCAGCGCUGAGAGCAAGCUGAAGGAAGCAGAAAAGCAGGAGGAAAAGCAGUUCAACAAGUCUGGGGACAUCAGUGUCAACCUGCUGCGGCACGAGGACAGGCCUCAGCGCCGGAGCUCCGUCAAGAAGAUUGAGAAGAUGAAGGAGAAGAGGCAAGCCAAAUAUUCUGAAAACAAGCUGAAGUGCACUAAAGCCAGGAAUGAUUAUCUGCUGAACCUGGCAGCCACAAAUGCAGCCGUCAGUAAAUACUACAUCCACGAUGUCUCUGACCUCAUUGAUUGUUGUGAUCUGGGAUUCCAUGCCAGCCUAGCUCGGACAUUCCGGACAUACCUGUCUGCUGAAUAUAACCUAGAAACCUCACGCCAUGAGGGCCUGGACAUAAUUGAGAACGCAGUGGACAACCUGGACGCACGGAGUGACAAGCAUACAGUCAUGGACAUGUGCAACCAGGUCUUCUGCCCUCCGCUGAAGUUUGAAUUCCAGCCUCACAUGGGGGAUGAGGUAUGUCAGGUGAGCGCCCAACAGCCUGUGCAGACGGAGUUGCUCAUGCGAUAUCACCAACUGCAGUCUAGACUUGCCACUCUCAAGAUAGAGAAUGAGGAGGUACGAAAAACUCUGGAUGCCACUAUGCAGACCUUGCAGGACAUGCUGACGGUGGAAGAUUUUGAUGUUUCAGAUGCCUUCCAGCAUAGUCGCUCCACUGAGUCAGUCAAGUCAGCCGCUUCAGAGACCUACAUGAGUAAAAUAAACAUUGCCAAGAGAAGAGCCAACCAACAGGAAACUGAAAUGUUCUAUUUUACGAAAUUUAAAGAGUAUUUGAAUGGCAGUAACCUUAUCACCAAGCUCCAGGCUAAACAUGACUUACUGAAGCAGACUCUUGGAGAAGGUGAAAGAGCUGAAUGUGGCACAACCAGGCCCCCAUGUCUUCCCCCUAAACCACAGAAAAUGAGGAGACCUAGGCCUCUCUCAGUCUAUAAUCAUAAACUCUUUAACGGCAAUAUGGAAACGUUCAUUAAGGAUUCAGGACAGGCUAUCCCACUUGUAGUUGAAAGCUGCAUCCGAUACAUCAAUUUAUAUGGUCUUCAGCAACAGGGUAUCUUUAGAGUUCCUGGGUCUCAGGUUGAAGUCAAUGACAUCAAGAAUUCAUUUGAAAGAGGUGAAGACCCUCUCGCUGACGAUCAGAAUGAACGUGACAUUAAUUCGGUUGCUGGGGUCUUAAAGCUGUAUUUCCGAGGACUGGAAAACCCACUCUUUCCUAAGGAAAGGUUUCAAGAUUUGAUAUCUACUAUAAAAAUGGAGAAUCCUGCAGAAAGAGUGCACCAGAUCCAGCAAAUCAUCAUUACUCUGCCCCGAGCUGUCAUUGUUGUCAUGAGAUACCUCUUUGCUUUCCUCAAUCACUUGUCACAGUACAGUGAUGAGAACAUGAUGGAUCCCUACAACCUGGCCAUCUGCUUUGGACCAACUUUGAUGCACAUUCCAGAUGGGCAGGAUCCGGUGUCCUGCCAAGCCCAUGUAAAUGAGGUCAUCAAAACCAUCAUCAUAAAUCACGAGGGCAUCUUCCCCAACCACAGAGAGCUGGAAGGACCUGUGUAUGAGAAAUGCAUGACUGGAGGGGAAGAGUAUUGUGACAGCCCCCACAGCGAGCCGGGCACCAUUGAUGAAGUGGACCAUGACAACGGCACAGAGCCACAUACCAGCGAUGACGAAGUGGAACAGAUUGAAGCAAUAGCGAGGUUUGACUACAUUGGCCGGUCCCUGCGAGAGCUCUCCUUUAAGAAAGGAGCCUCGCUCCUCUUGUACCAUCGUGCAUCGGAGGAUUGGUGGGAAGGGCGCCAUAACGGUGUGGAUGGUCUCAUACCACAUCAGUACAUAGUUGUACAAGACAUGGAUGAUGCAUUCUCCGACAGUUUGAGUCAGAAGGCAGACAGCGAGGCAAGCAGUGGACCCUUGCUGGAUGAUAAAGCUUCAUCAAAGAAUGACAUCCAGUCUCCGACAGAUCAUAUUCCAGACUAUGGAUUUGGGGGAGUAAUGGGCCGAGUAAGGUUGAGAUCCGAUGGCGCAGCCAUCCCUCGUCGUCGGAGUGGAGGGGACACCCAUAGCCCCCCAAGAGGGAUGGGUCCUGGUAUAGACACCCCUCCUCGAGCAGCAGCAUGUCCUAGCAGCCCCCACAAAAUACCACUCAACAGAGGCAGGAUUGAGAGCCCUGAAAAGCGCAGAAUGGCCACGUUUGGCAGCGCUGGCAGCAUCAAUUAUCCAGACAGGAAGGCCUUGUCAGAUGGCCACCCACUGAGAUCGACCUGUGGGUCUACUCGGCACAGUAGUCUUGGAGAUCAGAAAUCUCUGGAAGCAGAAGCACUCGCGGAGGACAUUGAGAAGACCAUGAGCACCGCUCUGAAUGAGCUGCGUGAGCUCGAGAGACAGAACACUGUGAAGCAGGCCCCUGAUGUUGUCCUUGAUACCCUGGAGCCAAUGAAGACUCCUCAGGGGGGCUCUGUCAACUCAGAACCUGCCAGCCCACUUCACACCAUCAUGAUCCGAGACCCUGAUGCCGCCAUGAGACGCAGCAGUAGCUCCACCACUGAAAUGAUGACUACUUUUAAACCAGCCCUCUCAGCCCGGCUUGUUGGGGCUCAGCUUAGGCCUCCACCCAUGAGACCUGUCAGACCGGUGGUUCAACACCGAUCAAGCAGUAGUAGCAGUUCAGGAAUGGGCAGUCCUGCAGUGACGCCCACAGAGAAGAUUUACCCCAAUAGCUCCUCGGAUAAAUCAGGCACCAUGUAGCUCUGCAGCAAGGAAUUCUUAGUUGAGAGAUGAAAAAAUGUCAAUAUCUGGAUAUUUUUUGGGUGGAAAUGGCAACUCUGCAGUCUCGUUCUUUAAAAGGAAAAGAUGGAAAAAUUACGCCCUGAAGAAAACUUCAGUAGGGAAAUCAGUGUGUAGGCCUGAGGCCUAAUGAUUCCAUUAUAGGUACACACAUCCACGCAGAAACAUUUUACCAAGAUUGCAGUAAAACUGUAUGGCAGAAUAAGAUGGCUGUCCUGCAUAUUGUCACUGGAGAAUAUACAGUCUGUGUAGAAGUAUAUAUAAAGUGUACAAAGUUCAAUACUUUUUUUUUUUUUUUUUUUAGAUUUACCUCAGAAACUUGCCCUGAAAUUUCCCUCUAGAGUUGUUUGGUUGAUUUUAAUUUUUUUGAGAAUACUUGUGUGUGCGUGUGUGGAGCAACUGAGCAUCAAGCAAUACAAGAUCAAUCCUGGAAUUUCUAUUCUGCAGUAGUUGGCGUUUAAAAAGAAGAGAAGACAUGCUGUUUUUUGCUCAACUGUUGGCCUACAGAGAAGAAAUUGAAAUGCAUCUAGUGACCGUUCUCAGCAAGCUGGGUGAAUUUUUUUUUCUUUGCAUUCGGUCCUAAGAUUUCUUCAUUUCACCUCCGAAUCUUGCGGCUGUUACCUAGCCAGUAGGUUGUACAGAAUAUGAUACGGCCAAAUGAAACAUGUUAUUCCUUCAGUUCAUAUAUAUAUAGGGAUAAAGUGUAUAAAUAUCUACUCCAUGACAUAGCACAGUGUUAGGUGUGUACAAAAAGAAACCACAAAACUUGGGUUGUUUUGAAGAUUUCCAAACCAACAAGGACUAGUAAGAGACCUGUGGUAAAAAAUAAAUAAAGUAUUGAAAUGUUUCAUUUCCCCUUCUCCCCUGGCCUUUUAUUAACUGACAUCUUAACAAAUUGGGACUAAACAGGCAAAGAGGCUUUGAAAAGAUAACAUUCCUUUAUUUAAAGUUGCACAUCAGUACACGGGGAUCUUGAUUCAGAUUGUCUUCUUGCAUGAAAAGCAUGAGCCAUAUUUGACCAUAUCAGACGCAUAACUGAUCUGAUGGGGUGAUAUUUUGCACUUUCUGUACUGUACUAUAUAAUACAGAAGUUUGAGUUUAUGCAAAAGAAGUUAUAUUUUAUUUUUCCUCUGAACAUUUAACCUAGAGAAAAAUAUGCAGAAAGAACUAGGAGUUGCAUGAUACUUUUUGUCUGAUAACUAAGUCUCUUCUCUAAUUACUGAAUACAAGACACUCCAUGUUUCUUUUUUCAUUUUUGUUUUACUUCUUGACCAGCUUUUCAUAGAGUUGACCUGUGGUUUAAUUUUGUUUUUUUCCAUACAAUCAUGUCAUCUGAACAUGAAACAGGUCUUGAUGAGUCUCACUCAAACUCCGCACAGAUGCUGUACUAGCAUUUUUCACACCUUAAUUCCUUUCCCUUUAUCUGAUUUCUGCUGCAGUAGCUGUUGUUGAGCAAAAUAAGUGAACAAACUUUGCUGUCUUGCUGGGAGUUAAGAUUAACAUUCAGCUUCUUUCAGCAUCCCAUGGCAUGUUUAAGUUCUUUUGCUUUUCUAUCCGACACCUCAGAGCCACCACCGAACGCAGAAUCCUUCACUUCUCCAGAUGAACAAUCCAAUAUUUCUGUCAGAGAAUGUACAUAUGGAAAAGACCAAUGGAUCUUAUCAUGUUAGCACCUCUAGCCCUUUGAAUCUUAUCAUGUUAGCACCUCUCAUUUGGGAGUCCAAUCCAUAACUUACCCAUGCACAUAAAACAAUUGGAAGCCCUAUGAUCUGUGCAAGGUAACAUUUACUUGACUGGAUAUAGAGGAAUCUUAACACAAAUCCAAUGGAACUGAUUAGGUGUUUGUUCUUAUUCUGUGUCCAGUGCACAAGCAUGUUUCACUUCCACAUAUCCUCUCCUCUUAACUGUCUCUUGCCUGUUCUAGUCUGUUAUAUAUUGCUGUACUUGCUUAAAUGCUGGAAAGUAACUGUUAAAAUGUAAACUGUAAAAAGAAAAUAGGUUAAAAUUAGAUGAAAGCCAAUGCCACUCACCAAAUCUUUGCACUUAGUAGAUAGCUCAAUGUAAAAAAUAAUAAAAUAAGAACAAAACCACAGACCUAACCUUUCAGUGUACAGUGUGUGUGUGGGGGGAAAGUACUGUAUGUAGUGAUUCUGUCGUUCCUCAGUAUAGUAUUCCAAGAGGAAAUGGUGUUUACGUACUUGUCUAUUAACAUUGUUGACAUUUGUAAUUACCACAAUUACUUCAUAUUGAUGAUGAUUUUUCAUCACGAUUUCCCCACCCCCUUUCCUAACCCUGAGGUCAUUGCCUUUGUCAUUAUGGGCAGCAGAUGUUCAAACGGUCUAUCAGUCUGUUCUAGUAAUGAACCAGCAAAUGUGCUUUGAAGGGGAGUGAAAAGGCCCCUGUUUGGCACAAUUGUUGUAUAAUCAUUGCCAGUAAUUUUUUCCACUUAACUUCCUGGAGAACACUCACUUUGGUAGUCUGACUUUUUUUAUAUAUAUAUUUUCAACAAUGACUUAAUAGCAAAACCAUCUUUAUUUCCCCCCCCUUUUAAAAGAUAUGGUACAAAUUCCAGUGUCUCUUGCAUUAAAUUAUUGCCUUUUAUUUUUGCUUUUUUUAAUGCUUGUUUUCUUAUCUUUAAGUGCCUUUUGAGCACCAGAACAAAUGCUUGGAAUUAAUGUACUUGGAGCUGUAUACAGAUCGUGAUUUCUUAUGUACCGUUAUGUUGUGCUGUGGGUGUAUUGCUUUUCAAGUCCUUUAAAAAAGACAUUUUAUUAAAUUUAAAGAAAAAAUUAUGCCUUUUUAAUAUUGCAGUCAAAUUGCAGUUUGGGGCAACUACUGUAAAUUAAAAAAAUGUAUUUUUCUGUAGUUCAGCACAAUACAAAAUUAAACCACUUGCGUUGUGCUGUAUAAGCAUCAUAACUGGAACCUACUCAUAGGUUUUGAGUAACUCAAUCUUGAUUAUUUUUACUUCUAUAGACCAUAGCCUUCAAUAUGAUCUCAGUUCUGUUCACUUAAGGGUACUGUGAAAUUUACAGUUUACAAAUUGGUCAAAGCAGCUGCUGGAAGUGCUCACCUGGAAGGAUCGUUUGAUCCACCCAUUUGAUUAUAAUAUGGAGACAUCAGCAGAGAGCCCAAGACUCUCUGAUGGGCCAGGAAAGGGUGCUCUUUGAGAAGAAGUUGAUUCUCUGCUGUGCAGAGCAAAUUCAAGUGUCUCAAAUCAGCUCUCUCAGUUGCUCUGAGUCUUUGCCUCCUCCACAAAAUAACCUGCAUUUGCUCUAUCAAAACUACUUCUGUUAACUCCCAGGAGUAGGUAGUCACCAGUUAGCCAUUCCUUUGGCCUGUCUCCCCAGUGGCUCAGUGAAGCAGUCUUUCUGUUGACCCAUUGAUGCAUUUAACAGUGCCAACUUUAAAGCAAUUGCACCCACACUGAUAUUAGUUCUGUAUAGAUGCUCCUAAGCGACCAUUGUAAUUGUGCCAGUCCCUUUAAUGAUAAUGACAGUGCACUUUUCUUCCUUAGACUGAAGUAUACCUGAUAGAUUCUUUUUGUAAAUCCUGGACUGUAUUAUUUACUAGCAGUGUUGCAGUUUUCACAAUAUGUCAGUAGACCUCCUGAUUCUGAUCUGCUUCUGAGUGGCUGUUUUUUGUUCAUGCCAGAAAACCUUAGAAACUGCCUUGUAUAAUGAUUGUUGUCCCUCCUAUGGAUAUUGUCUCUGUAAUGUAUGAUAAAAUGCCAUUCGGUUAGAAUGUCUGAUUGGAUCCUCUGUCAUGUAUGCUGAUGAUGCCAUGUAGAUCAAACCACUGGUUGGAUGUGGACUCAUCCUGUUGAAUAAAACUGCUUAACUUUUCUCAAAUAUUAGUCAUGAUUUCAAAACACCUGGAAUAUAAACUCUCAGGGAAAUGACUAUCCUCGGGGCAUAUAUGCCUUACUAGGCAUUUAUUUGAUACAUUAGUAACAAACAACAACGAUGUUACAGUAGUGUCCAAAGACCUCAGUGAGGACUGGGCCCGUGUGCUGAGCACUGCACAAAACCCAAGAUGGGCAAUGAGUUUGAAAUCUUUG